AUGAUGUUGUCAAGUAAAGUUAUACCAAAAUGCGGCACGAUUGUUCAACGAGCAAAUCGACAUACCAAUCACUCAAUUGCAUUCCAGAGGCGAUACAUUGGAGGCUCGAGUGACUCCAGAGUUGCCGUUGCCAGUAGAGCUGCAAACUCACGGAAAGCUGCCUUAUUGUUAUCACUGACAAUAUGCGCCGGAGGUCUAUAUGCAACCGGCUAUCCACGAGCUUUACAUGCAGAAGAGAUCCCUACACCCGCCGAGCUACAAUUCGAGAAGAAGAGGAGGAAUACUAGCACAAAAGAAGAGAAUCGAGAUCAAAUAAGCUCACAGCAUUUGCAAGUGAAGAGGAGCUGGGAGAACCCAGGAGUAUAUGCAUGGGGAUCAAAUACGGGUCGUGUUGUUGCACCCGACUCCGAGGAAAUCAAUGUCAAAACUCCAAGACGAAUACCAUAUUUCGAUGGGAAGCUUAUUAGAGAUAUUAAGCUAGAUCGUAAUUUUGCAGCAGCGAUUACUGAGAACGGCGAUCUGCUACAAUGGGGUACAGGAUAUUCACCGGAUUGUAAAGGGCCUACAUCAACAUUGAAGGGAAAGGACCUUGUCAAGUUAUCUAUAUCGAAGGAUCGGAUCAUAGCACUUUCGUCAAAAGGCACGGUAUACUCAAUUUCAGCAUCACAAGCAGAUCAGGCAUUAGAACCAAAGCAACAAGAGAGCUCAUGGAUUCCUUUCUGGAGCAGUAAAUCUUCAAUUGGGUAUCGAACCUUGAACCCGGAUAAAAUGGUCUGGGGAGAAAAAGUGACGGAUAUUAGCAGCGGUCUUGAGCAUUGCCUUCUCCUUACAUCCAAAGGACGUGUUUUCUCCGCAGCAUCCGGUUCUGAAGAUUACCCUUCGAAGGGACAACUUGGUGUCCCUGGCUUAACAUGGACGUCGCGGCCCCCUGGAAGAUACGACCAACCACAUUGGUUAAGUACACUUCAAGGAUUCGACAUUGCAAAGAUUGCUACCGGUGACUAUCACUCUCUCGCAGUGGAUACGCAAGGGCGAGUUUUCAGCUUCGGCGAUAAUUCCGUCGGCCAAUUAGGCUUUGAAUACAACUCUGAAGCAUCUACCAUCGAUGCUCCCUCGCUAGUUCCCAUUGACAGACUCUACAAAGGCACAAAUCUACUUCCUCGCGUAACCGGCGUCUUCGCAGGGGGUGUAAAUACAUUCUUUACAGUCGACGCUACCCGAGUGGCCGGACAAUCAGAAGAAGAACCUCCCGCAGACCUAGGCCGUAUCACUGCCGAUACCUGGGCAUGCGGACAAGGAAUUUACGGCACCCUCGGAAACGGCCGCUGGACACACGUCCAAGGACUUCCCUCGAAAAUGAAAGCUCUCUCUGGCCUCUUCGAAUACGACGAAGUUGCCAACAAAGUAGUCCCUAUCCGACUCUCCCGACUCUCCAUUGGAAGCACUCAUGCCUCCGCUGUAAUGAACAACGUAACUCAUCUGAACGCUACCUCUAAAUCUAGCUCAAACGAUACGAAUUGGGGUGCCGAUGUAUUAUGGUGGGGCGGAAAUGAAUUCUACCAACUAGGCACUGGAAAGAGAAAUAACGUCAGCCAGCCAAUUUACAUCCAGCCGCUAGAUUUGGCGGCCGAUAGAGAGAAAGGAAGGAGAGAGGAACAUCGCUUCCAGAUUACGCCAAGGAAGACGGUGAAGAUUGGAGGGAGGAAUGUCAGUGUGGAACAGAGAAUUGAGUGUGGGAGAGGCUGUACCGCGGUUUAUUCUGGUGCUUAA